AUGGCCACAGGAGACCUAAAAGGAAGUUUAAGAAAAAUAGAGCAAGGACUUCGCUUGUUAAAUUAUCCAAGAGAUGUUGAUUAUACACUGUUAGUAAAGGGUGAUCCAGCUGCAUUUUUACCUAUCAUCAGCUAUUGUUUUACAUCUUUUUCAACUUGCAUAGCAGAGCUUUUGGUAAAGUGUGGUGUGGAACUGACAGCAAAGAGUGACUUGCGUUUUAUUGAAGCUGUUUAUAAGUUUCUGCGAGAUCAAUUUCAGUAUAAACCAAUUUUAACGAAGGAGCAGUUUCUUCAGUUUGGCUUUGCAGAAAGAAAAAUGCAAAUUGUUUGUGACAUUAUCAACUGUGUGGUGGACAAACAUAAGGAAUUGAAUAACUCUAAUAAGGUUAAAUGCCAAGUGAGGAAGAAACUCAGACCUUUGAAAUGUGAAGUAUGGUCAAAUUGUGGUAAAGGCCAUGUGGAUCCUAGUGGCAGUGCUCUGAAUUCCAAACAGAAGCCUCGAGUAGAACGACAUUCAGGAAAUGAAGUUAGAGGUGACCUUCAUCCACUACCCCUUCCAGCACAGGGAGGAAAUGAGGAAGAAUUGUGCCUGGAUCAUGAUGUUGUGGAAGUUAAAUGUGAACAAGUUGUGGAAGAUAAUUCUGAGAUUGAAUUUUUAAAGAGUCAGCUUGCUGAUUGCCAGGAAAAGCUUCAUAAGCUAGAUUGGAUGGAAGAGAAAUUACAAGUUUUAGAAGAGAAACUGCAAGGAAAGGUGAUCAUAGAUGAGAAGGACUGGAAUAACUUGUUGAAUCGAAUUUUGCUUCUUGAAACAGAAGUGUUGUUACAGUCCAAAAAGAAAGACUUACCUACAGAGUUGAGCAAUAUAAGUCAAGAAUGUACUUCUAGUAACUUUCCAGUUUCUCCUGAUACAGAGAGGAAUGAGGAGAUGCCAGAGAAUCAUCUUCAGUUGUCUGGAUGCUGUUCACUUUUAUCCACAGAGCCAUCUCCCAAAGCCUUGACCAUUAAUUCUCAUGAUCUGACAGACAUUUCAAAGGAGACAAUAAGACAAAGAAUGGAAAAGAUAAAUAAAAUAAUUGAAGAAACUUUCAAAUUGUUGAAAACAUCCAGCCCACCUCUAAGAAUACCUGAAAGCACAGGUCUGUAG